AUGGCCUCGUCUUAUGGCGUCCGCAAGGUCGCUGCUCCCAACACCUUGGAGCACCGAGUUUACAUCGAGAAGGAUGGCGUCCCCGUAUCCCCCUUCCAUGAUAUUCCCCUCUUUGCCAACCCGGAGCAGACCGUCUUGAACAUGGUCGUUGAGAUCCCCCGAUGGACCAAUGCCAAACUUGAGAUCUCCAAGGACGAGCUCCUGAACCCGAUCAAGCAGGAUAUCAAGAAGGGCAAGCUACGAUACGUCCGAAACUGCUUCCCUCACAAAGGAUAUCUCUGGAACUACGGUGCUUUCCCUCAGACUUGGGAAGACCCCAACUCGAUUCACCCCGAGACUAAGGCUAAGGGUGACAAUGACCCACUCGACGUCUGCGAGAUCGGCGAGCUGGUUGGCUACACCGGUCAGGUUAAGCAGGUCAAGGUCCUUGGCGUCAUGGCUCUGCUCGACGAGGAAGAGACCGACUGGAAGGUCAUCGUUGUCGACGUGAACGACCCCUUGGCCUCCAAGCUGAACGACGUUGAGGACGUCGAGCGACAUCUCCCUGGCCUUCUCCGUGCCACCAACGAGUGGUUCCGUAUCUACAAGAUUCCCGAUGGAAAGCCCGAGAACCAGUUCGCCUUCACCGGUGAAUGCAAGAACAAGGCCUACGCCAUGGAUGUCAUCCGCGAAUGCGCCGAGGCUUGGGAACGAUUGAUUACUGGCAAGACUCAGCCCGGUGGUAUCUCUACGACCAACCUGACCGUCUCUCACUCGCCGAGCCGUGUUAGCCCCGAGCAGCUGCCCCCCCUACCGCCCAACGAGAACGUCCCCCCUGAGAAGAUCGACAGCUCGAUCGACAAGUGGUUCUUCAUCAGCGGUGCUGCCGCGUAA